CUUGAACUGCAAGCUCUUGGGCUGAGCUUUCUUUCCACCUGCCCCUGAUUGACUUGUGGUUUCUGUGAAAAUACAAAUGUCCUAAAUUCAGGGGGCCCCGUCCAGUGUGGGGGCCACUAACCCAGAGUCCCUGGACGAACCAUUUAUUUUCAUCACCCCCCCCAGGGAGACAGAGAAAUAGAUUUGCCGAGGGUGGGGGGAGCAGAAAUGGGAAAUAAGUACAGGAGGCUUUCAGCCCAGACUGUAACUGUCCCUUUAAAUGUGCUGAUGUGCCCUUCUCCUCCUCUCUCCACAUCCACCUUACGAGACUACAUUUCCCAGCAUGCCCUUAAUGAGGAGGAAGGGCUUAGCCUGUGUCCUGCUGCAGCUGUGAGGGGGAUGCAGAGAUGCUGCUGAGGGCGGAGGAAAAGAGACAGAAAUAUUGUCUCUGCUUUUAUUGAGUGAGAAGGCAAAAUACCCCGGCCCUGGAAAAUACCCCAGCCCUGCAGAAUACCCCAGAUCUGCAAAAUACCCCAGCCCUGCAGAAUAGCCCAGUGAUGCGCAUGUGCUGUGAGCCCCUGUCUGACUGCUGAGACCAACAAUCGUGCAUUUUAUACUGGAGCCAGGGAGGCUGCGAGUGGAUUGGACUGACCGCUGACACUGGAUUAUACUGGGGUGACUGGCAUCUGAUAUUGGAUUAUACUGGGGUGCUUGUGAUCUGAUAUUGGAUUAUACUGGGGUGCCCAGGGGUUGAUGUUGGAUUAUACUGGGCUGAUUGGGUGUUGACACUGGACUAUACUGGGGUGAUUUGAAGUUGACAUUAGAUAAUACUGGGGUGGCUGGGAGCUGAUAUUCUAUUAUACUGGGGUGCUUGGGAGCUGAUAUUGAAUUAUAUUGGGGUGGCUGGGAUCUGAUAUUGGAUUAUACUGGGGUGGUCGAGAGCUGCUGAAUCUGAAGGGCCGACUGUUGGAUGAUCAUAUCCCUCCCUACACAGUACUGGAGAUACAUUGGUACACAGACUGGGAUGACCGUGCAACAGAUAUUGGGAAAGUCUCUAAUGGAUGGAAUGGAUUUUCCCUUGAGUAAGAGCUAAUGUGGGCUGAUUGCACAUCACCAGCAUCUCCAGUCUUCCAGUUGUUACCCAGGAAACAACUGACUGGCCCAAGACCUUCUCGUAGCUCGGAAGACCCAGAAAAGGGACCUCAUGCUGAGCACCAUCAUAUAAAAUUUCCCAAACACCCAGCACUUUCCAGGGGUUUAGUCAGUUUGAUACCACUGACCCAAACUCAAUGCCUACACUGUAGAUAUAGGGCCCUGUUGCUAUGCAACCAUACAACUGACACCAAACCCAAUGCCAGUCUCACUAACCUUCAGAUAAUUCUAAGAAGUCCAAGGUUCUAAGUUUUCCAGGCCUCUGGUGUAUCGGGUUCUACCCAAGCACUGUAAAGUCCACAGAACAACAACCAUCUCCCCUCCCAGUAAUGGAGCCAGAGAGAUAACACUCACACUAAGUCAUAGUUAAUUGUACUGGAUGCAUUUGGACCAGGCUCUUUGUUCCAAUAAUACUGACUGGACUGAGUUCUGAGCGCCCUUCCUUGGAUGCAUAUUCUUCUUUUGUCCUUUUUUCCUCAGCAUUUUCCACCAGCCCAAGGGAAAUGGACCCAUGUUGUAUGGAGAACUCUACUGAGAGAAUCUAAGUGCUGUUGGAAGUUCUUUGGUUCUUCAAUAGAUUUUCCUGCUCAUGGUGACAAGAACAUAUUGACUAGUAUCUUUGUCCAAAUUGGACCUGAGCUUUCCCUCAGCAGUUCUGCCAGAGGCCUCUAAAUGUUUGAUAUGGUGUCAGAGUGCAGUGAGUGACUGGGCACAGGGCAUUAUUAUCAGGGCAGCACGUGGCUGGGCAUGGGGCAUUAUGGAAGAUGCUAGAGUUUGGUUUCAUAUUCCCAUGCAGAGAUCUUAAAGCCAAUGACAUACAAUUGGUUGCCAGGACCCACGUCUGUGAGGUGGAAAGUUGUUGAUAUCUGAAGAACUUCUCAGAGGAACCCUUAUUCUCCCAGACUGGGGUCUCCUUUCUGAUGAGUACUGUCAUUAAUCUGAUGCUUCUGAACCCGGUGUUCUCCUCUUGUGCAGUCAUGCCCUCUCCUACGGACUCCAGCUUCUCCCUUACUGGCCGGACCUCACGCAGCCUGUCUCAGAUAAGGCUCCACAGAACCUGGUCUCAUGUUUUGUUGGCCCUGGGAUUUGUGCAGCUCAUUCUGGGGGUCUUAAUUGUUACUUUUAGCCUGGUGGCUGCAACUAUUACACCAUCUAUGAAGAUCAAGCACUCAUGUCCUUCCUGGGCUGGAUUCUCUUUGGCUGUAUCAGGACUGAUUGGCUGCAUUUCCUGGAGAAGGCCCCUAACAUUGAUGAUCACGUUAUUCACCCUGCUGACGGCGCUGUGUGUUAUGCUGAAUCUGGCGGGAUCCAUCUUGUCCUGUCAGAAUGCUCAGUUGGUGAAGUCCUUGGACAACUGCCAUAAAGAGAAUUACUGGUGUGUUUGUUGCCACCCGUUAUCCAAGGAGCAGAUGCCCUCGUCCUGCCGGAGAGACGUGGAGAUUCUGACCAUGUAUCCGAACUCCGAGUGUAACGGCAUCCGCAACGCCCUGAAGGACCUGUUGUUCAGUGUCUGUGGCCUCACCAUCCUAUCCACCAUCAUCUGCACAUUGUCCGCUGUCAUCUGCUGCAUUCAGGUCUUCUCAUUGGAUGUGAUCCAUGUACUCGCACCUCGAAGUGCCACCUUGGCCAACUUGGAGUGUAUUUCACCCCAGGACACCAUCUUGCAAAGUAUGAUAGAGUGUGAGGAGUUUGUCCCACCUGUGCCUCCGCCUCCCUAUUACCCUCCAGAAUACACCUGCAGCUCUGAGACAGAUGCACAGAGCAUCACUUAUAAUGGCUCCAUGGACAGCCCAAUCCCUCUGUACCCAACUGACUUCCCACCCUCAUAUGAGAGCGUGAUGGGAAUCCGGGAGGACAGUCAGGCAACCUUGUUUGAUGCCCAGGUCAACGAGGUCUCCUGUCUAAGUGUGUCUGACAGAAUCGAUUCCACCGGACACAGUGGCAAUGACAGCAGUCCCUCUGAAGACUCAGUUCUCCUGGAGAUGCAGGGUUCCAUCCACUCUGUGGACUAUGUUCUGUACCGGUCUAUCCAACGCAGCCGUGCAGAUUACUGUCUCAGUGUGGACUGUGGUCAGUGUGGACACCACCAGCAGAGUCCAACUCUUAGCCACCAGGGUCCAUUCGAGGAGAUCCCAUUGCCUCAUGCCAAGGGAGGCAGAUCCUUCUCAUGCUCCACACCAAGUGCUGGUGAUGAAGUUCUGCCACAUGUAGUUGGUGCUGUGACCCGCAGCUGUAACCGUCUGGAGACCAUUGGCCGGUCUGGUGGUCCUUGUUUUCCAGAGGUGCGACUGAAAGCAAAGAUUUCUGGGAGAGCUCUACAAAGCAGGGGGUCAGGGUGUUCCUUGCACCACAGUUCACACUGCCAGACCCCAGACUGUCCCCACCGCAGAUACAGCGAGAAUACGAGGCCUGCAGCCCUUUCCACUUAUGUGCCACCACGGCUUCUCAUCCGCUCCCACAGUGACCCUGGAAUUAGCUCCUCCCUAAUCACAGAUCUCAGUGAUGUCGGAUACAGUAAAGUGUUAGAGGACAAUAUGUCGCUGUCGUCCAUGGAUACAGCAAUCUCCUCCCAGGCCUAUUUGUACCAGCACAGCCCCACCGACCCAUUCCCGCUGCUCCGUACAAACUCGGCAGGGAAGAGUCGGAGCCAGGCAAGCCGGAAGCUAGUCCCUCGACUCUCCAAAAGUGGUACCUUGUCCCUCGGGGACCUGAAGGGCGGGCGCAGUACCCGAGUCCUAGUGGCCAGAUUCCUGCAGCGUUCUAGGAGGAGUCUCAAGGAAGGAACGGAAAGCGCCAGUCAGAGCCACAAACAGAUACCCAGGAGCCCUUUGGCAUCAGACUAUCAGGAGGGGAUAUUUUUGCAGAGUUGUGGGGAUCUCAGUUCCUCUUCGUCCUUUCGGCGUCUCCUCUCAACCAGACGCAGGGGCCCCUCUCGUCCUCACAGCCUGACCACGGAGUACAAGGAGAGCACAGUGUGAGGAGAGGUCCUACUGAUGCACCAACCAGGGGGUGCCAAGAACUUUAGCCAACAUGAAAGCAAGACAUUAUAUCUGGAGAGCGUUGUCUGGGACCUGGGAACUUCGCAUGCCGAUGUGUAGGAAGGGCCAAAGUGAGCCGGACAAUCUGGCCUGUCCCACCCCUGGACUGUAAAAUUGGGAACCACAAUAUUCCACUUACCUUACAGACAUUUAUUCCCAGACGUCCCACUCAUAGUAACAAUGGUUCCUACAUGGAAUUAUUCCCUAGUUGGUGCUGGUGCCAUGGACUGACUGGACUAAAGUCACUUGCUCAGUAUUAUUUUAUAAGUCAUGUCUCAUGUAAGGCUUUUAUGGGCAAGGGGGCCUAGUGGGAUACAGGUCACCAUGUUUUACCCACAAUGCAGCAUUGGGCUCAUUUACAUAUAGUGCAUCAGUAAUGGCCCUAGUACCCAAUGCGUUGGUGUGUCCAUGAACAUAAUCUGCUGGGAGAGCCCUGUAUCACUGCCAGGUCCAGGCUGCUGCUAAUUUCAAUCAAAAUAGGAUGGAAGUACCUUUGGGAAUGGCACCAGUAUGUGCCCAAGUGUGUGUCUAUACGAGCACAUGGCACUUGAGUCUCUGACACUUUACUUUGCAUGUUCAUUUAUUGCUUUGCUUUCACUCUGAGCACAAAAAGGGUUAAUCACAGCACAGACUUGGCCCUCAAGGGGUGUGUGUGGCCCCAGGAUUGUUACCUCUUGCACAAUGUUACUCUCAGUAUGUUUAAUAAUAAUAAUAAUAACAAUAAUAAUAAUUACUACAACAAUGUUUGGUCCCAGAUAUCAUCCUGGAGUGUGGGCAGAAGGGUUACUGGAUGGGAUGUGUCUGGAAUUGGGAAUGUGUAACUGGGGGGCAAUCUGUUCUGCUGGACACAGGGGGGAGUGUAAUCCUGCAAGAUGGAGUCGAGUGCGGGCGAAUGUGCUGGAGGGCUGAGUUCCAACAAGAAGAGCGAGGGGUGCAGGAGGGUUGGGGGCUGGUUUGCGUCUGCAGGAGGGAAGUUUAUCACUGGAGGGGUGUGUGUAUGUGAAGAAGGGAAUGGAGAGCUGGAGGGACGUUCAUCUGAAGGAUUGAAUGGAAUGUGUAGGUGAGUAACACUUGCUUAAAUCCAAUAACACUUGGGCUUGUCUGCGUCACAGGUGUGGAUGAGUAACAAUUGGGUAAAUACAAUAAGACUUGGGUAAUGGGUGUGACCAAUUAAAACAUGGGUGUGAAUGAGUCACAUUUGCGAUCAGGUAAGUUACACUUGGGUAAAUAAAAUAAUACUUGGGUUUUUGUGGAGUAAUGGGUGUCUGUGAGUGACACUUUUGAGUGUGAGUAACACUUGGGUUUAGAUCAUCUGUAUAUACAGUAUAAAGUGUUUAUUUGUUGCUGCAAAGCUUUGCUUGUUUGAGUUUCUAGUGGAAUUGCCAUGAGCUGUACUACUCCCUGGCCACUAGGGGGAGCCACUGACCUAUAAAUCCCAGUUCCCAGCAUCUCUCACAAGCAAAGAGGGUCAGCUCCACUGGACUGCAAACAGUUAAUACACCAGGUAAAGUGAGUGUCAUCUGAUUGUACAGGUGUGAAAGGGUUACACCUAGAACAGAAGCAACUAUAGAAUUCUCAAUUGUAAUAUUCUAUAACAGAGUUGUUCCUGAAGUUAUGAGCCAUGUAGCAUGGAAAGAGUUAACAAUGAUUCUGGACUCGGGGUUGUGUAAUAAAUAAACACACAUGGACCAGUGCAACAACUGACCAAAACAAUGACUGUCUUGUAUAAAAUGUUGUUACUUUCAAGUCUAUCUCCAAACUCUGUUGUGUGAUUGAGACAGACCUGUGAUGGGCAAGAGAGACUAUGAAUAACAAUUUACUGACACCGGUUGUUAGAACAGGUUUCAGACCCUGGAAAUAAAGGUCAGACAUUGGAGUCACACAAGUUUGUACAACAGUGACACCUACAGGACACCUUUAGUAUAAUUAUUGCUCUACAGUGACACCUACAGGACACCUUUAGUAUAAUUAUUUGCUCUACAGUGACACCUACAGGACACUUCUUACUUAGACAUUUCUAUUCAUCAUCAAGUGACUUCAGCUUGAUAGGCUGGGACUUUCUCUAGGGUGUGACUAUCCUUUGGCUUUGGUGGAGUUGGGGAUGUGAAUGAGUUUCAAUUUGUCUGAUUUUGCUCACAGAGAGGCCAAGAUACCUAUCCUCUACACACAGCCUCUAUAAAGUCUUCAAUUACAAGAGGAAACUAGAU